CGGCCGCGGGCCGUGAUGCCGGCGCUGGGCCUCCUCGCCCGGGCCGCGCUCGCCGGCCCUCUCGAGAGCUGCCGCCGCCUCCCGCCCUGCGCCCGCUUCUCCGCUCGCUCCCCCUGUUGGCUGAGCGGGGCCCGCGGCGGACCUGCCUCUCCGCGCCAUGCGCCGCCUCACUUCCUCCUGCGCGCCGCCAGGGCGGGGUUAUUCCCUUUCACGCCGGCCUCGGCCGCCAGCAGCCGCUUUUCUCACCACCUCAGCGGCGAAGAGCCCCAAGAGAUGCCCGCAGCCCCCCGGCCAGACUACCGAGGCGACGAAGACUGUGAGCCGGAGACCCCCAUGGAGUCCGAGACCGCGCUGGAGUCCGGCAACGGCAAGAAGCGCAAGAAGGAUAAAAAAGCUAAACACGAGAAACUGAAGCAAGAAUUUCUACCAGAGGAAAAUGAGUUGUCCGAUUCAGAGCUGGAGCCUCCAAAACCAAAGAAAAAGAAAAAGAAAGUAGAAGAUGAUAUUGAAUCCAUAAUUGCAGAACAUAAGACAACAUUCCCCAUGAGCAAUGGCAUCGCUCACUCAAACAAACAGAUUAAUUCUGGUGAAGAAACAAAUACAGAGGGUGAAAAUGACCCAGAUGAGAAGUUGACAGCAGAGCAAAAGGAAGGAGACUUCUCCAAUUUUGAUAUCUCAGAAGCCACUAUUAACCUCCUCAAAGCUCGUGGAGUGAACUACCUGUUUCCAGUACAAGUAAAGACCUACAGGCCUAUAAACGAUGGCAAAGAUGUGAUAGCUCAAGCACGAACUGGAACUGGGAAAACAUUUUCUUUUGCCAUUCCAUUAAUUGAAAAACUUCAGAAAGAUCCCCAGGAGAGAAAAAGAGGUCGAACACCAAAGGUGCUAGUUCUUGCCCCAACAAGAGAGCUGGCAAUACAAGUAGCCAAAGACUUCAAAGAUGUCACAAAGAAACUCUCAGUGGCUUGCUUCUAUGGAGGAACAGCGUACAAUGGACAAAUGGAUGCAAUUCGAAAUGGAAUUGACAUCUUGGUUGGGACUCCAGGACGAAUCAAAGACCACCUUCAGAAUGGAAAGUUGGACAUUUCCAAUCUACAGCAUGUUGUCUUGGAUGAAGUUGAUCAGAUGUUGGACAUGGGUUUUGCUGAACAAGUAGAGGAAAUCUUAGCUUAUGCGUAUAAGAAAGAUUCUGAAGACAAUCCCCAGACAUUGCUCUUUUCUGCAACUUGCCCACAUUGGGUUUAUGAUGUAGCAAAAAAAUACAUGAAAUCCAGAUACGAGCAAAUCGAUCUUAUUGGAAAGCGAACUCAAAAGACUGCUAUGACUGUAGAGCAUUUGGCUAUUGAGUGUCAUUGGUCCCAAAGAGCUGCAGUCAUUGGAGAUGUCAUUCAAGUCUACAGUGGCAGUCAUGGACGAACCAUCAUCUUUUGUGAGACAAAAAAGGAGGCAACUGAAUUAGCCCUGAAUGCCUCAAUAAAACAGGAUGCACAAUCUUUACAUGGUGACAUCCCACAAAAGCAAAGAGAAAUCACUCUGAAAGGCUUCCGUAAUGGAACAUUUGGAGUCCUUGUUGCAACCAAUGUGGCUGCCCGUGGCUUAGAUAUCCCAGAGGUUGAUCUGGUAAUACAAAGCUCACCACCAAAGGAUGUGGACUCUUACAUUCAUCGUUCUGGGCGCACAGGCCGUGCUGGAAGAAAUGGCAUAUGCAUCUGUUUCUAUCAGCGCAAAGAAGAUCAUCAGCUAAGACAAGUAGAACAAAAAGCGGGGAUUACAUUUAAACGUGUAGGUGUUCCAACAGCAACAGAGAUCAUUAAAGCUUCCAGUAAAGAUGCAAUUAGAUUUUUAGAUUCUGUUCCUCCGUCUGCUAUCAACUACUUCAGACAAUCUGCUGAAAGACUUAUAGAAGAAAAGGGAGCAGUGGAAGCUCUUGCUGCAGCAUUGGCCCAUAUUUCAGGAGCUACUUCCAUUGAACAACGUUCUUUGCUUAACUCUGAUGUGGGCUUUGUGACCAUGACACUUCAGUGCUCAGUAGAAAUGCAUACUAUUGGCUAUGCUUGGCGAAGUCUGAAAGAGCAACUGGGCGAAGACAUUGACAGCAAAGUGAGCAGAAUGCGCUUUCUCAAGGGAAAAAUGGGUGUGUGUUUUGAUAUACCUGCAGCUGAACUGAGUAAAAUACAGCAAACAUGGCAAGACACAAGACGCUGGCAACUUUCCGUGGCAACAGAAUUACCUGAACUUGAAGAGACACCUCGUGAAAGUGGCCGAAGUGGUGGAUCAGAAUUCAGGAAUGGAAGACGAAGUGGCGGCUUCAAUAGGCACGACAGAUUCAGAAACAGGGGCCAAAAAAGAAGCUUUGACCGGGCUUUUUAAUGGUUCAUCAAUGUCAGAUAUAAAUGGGACUAAAAUUGUUUUAUCAAAAGUAAAGUUGAUUUACACUUUU